UUAAUAGCUGCCACACCUAGUCACCUACCAGAUACAUUACAGUUUUGAAUGUGACUUGCUGAUUCUAGUCUCUGCUGAUUCUUAUAUCUAAUGAUGGAGGAAGAAGUAUUAGGUAGCAGUAAUUAUUAUUCCUUUUCUUCUCCCGUGUCUGACUAUAAUUACAAUUCAAAUGAAGAGAAGAACGACUCUGAAGGCCAACAUGUGAAGUCACGUGAUCUCUCUCCUUCUGAUCCAUUUAUUGAUAAAGUAACUGAUUUCACUCAAAAACAUAAAGACCUGCUGAAUCGACUCUGUUCUUACGACAAUCACUCAACACAUUCAACCACAAAUACAUGUAGUGUAAUGGAUACAAGUGUAAUGUAUGGAGAUUUCCCUCCAAUUGAGUAUCAGAUGAUGAUUGAUGUGUCGUAUAGAACUGAAAGAGCAUUACAAUUAAUGGUUCCUGGUCAGUUAGUUGAGGGUUUUGUCAGUAAAGUAUCUAGUAAUGGACUAGCUAUUGAACUAACUGAAUUAUUACCAUCAACAUCAUCAUCAUCAUCAUUAUUACUUGCUGUAAGAAGAGAAAUAGCAGGUCUUAGGAUAAAGGGUCUUGUGAAGGUUGAGAAUUUAGCAAGUGACCCUGCAAAGGCUAAAGAUGCUUUGAAAGAGUAUCAGAUUGAUGAUGUUGUACAAGGUUUGAUACUUGGAGUAGAGGCUGGUGUUGUUCAAGUGUCUUUUUGUACUGAUGACACUGAACUUAAACUGGGUUACAUUGAUAUUGAUGUACCACUACCUCCUAAGAUUCCCAAACCUACGGAUUAUAUUGAUAAACUAACAAGAUCAUCAGGUUUUAAAAACCCGUCUUGUGUUGAUAAUUUAAAGUCAGUCCUGGGACUAUCGACUGCUUCUCCUCAAUCCUUCAGUUUUCUAAGACCAAUCUCCAUGACUGAAAUUAAAGAUGGUGAAUAUUAUGAUUCUUUGAGGAAGUCACAAAGAUCUAAAUGGUCUAUGGAUACUGUUGCCAGUGGUGUUGAAUGCUUUAAAAAGCAUCAAUAUGAAGAUGCAUUGAAACAUUUCAAUUAUGCUCUUGAAAUUGACACAGAGAAUGUUGAAGCAAUGGUUGCUAGAGGAGCACUUUAUGCCAACAAAGGAAAGUAUGAAAAAGCCAUCAAAGACUUCGAAAGUGCUCUCACCAUAAACCACACCCACUCCAAUGCAAAGAAGUACUUGGUUGAGACUCAGACAGCUUACGGGCGAGAGCUAGAAAGACAAGGUGAGUUCAAGGUUGCUCUACGUUGCUAUCGUGAAGCUUUGGCUGACAACCCUGAGUCUGAACCAGCCAAGACUAGAGCAGCACUGCUAACAGCAGCACUGGAAAAGAAGGCUGCUGAGUUGAGAGAGAAAGAGAGAAAGAGGAAAGAAGAGGAACAACGGUUGAAGAAGCUACAGAAGAUAAUAGAGAAGGAUCGACGCCAUAAGAAGCACAAGAAAAAGAGUAAGAAGAGAUCAAGUGACAGGAAGAGACAUCAUUAUUCUUCAGAUUCAUCUCAUAAUGACUCACCUCCACACAAACACUAACUGACUCUACACUAACUGUACUUAUAAUGCACACAUACAGUUACUCAUUGUAAAACUGUCAUUCAUUUUUUAUGUGAAUUUUAAAAAUUUUAA